AUGGGUAAAAUCAAGAAACGUAAACAAAAUAGAAGGCAGAACCAAGAUGUAGAAGAAACUAUCGAAGAAGAAAUACAGAUAGAUACAAAGGAAAAUGUUAUACAGACAAUUAUUGAUCAAUUACAGGCGGUUAAUGUGGAGGAGAAGUACUGCGGUCUCCAGACUUUAUCUAUGUUAAUAGAAAGUCCAGACAAUGUAGAACCAGUUAUUAAACAGGGUUUAAUUAAAAUGAUUGCACCAUUGCUUCUUGAUACUGCUGGUUCAGUAAGAAAUGCAGCUUCAGGAUCUUUAAGAAAUUUGUCUGUGCUAAAAUUAGACGUAUGUGAUGCAUUAAUGGAGCAAGAUGUUAUGACGUCUCUUGUUUGCUAUUUUCAUCAGUUUACAGAAACAUGGACACCAGAAUCAAAUUCUAAAACAAAGGAUGAGGAAAUGGACACUUUUAUUCAGUGUGUCAAUUUAUUAUUGAAUUUAUGUGAAAGUUCAGAUCUAGCAGUGAAAUAUUUGACAGAUUCAAGGAUUCUAGACAUAUUACCUAGAUAUUUAGACCUAGCUACCUUUGGGAAUGAUAUAGUAAUAGCGGUGAUGCAAUGCCUGUUUGUAGUCGUUGAAGACAAUGAUGUAGCCAUAAAGAAAAUUCAGUCAUCUUCUGAAGAAUAUUUAAAAAGAUUUUUGUUACUAGAAAACAAUGAGCCAUCAAUGUUUCUAUUGAAGACAUUAGCUGCUGGAAUUGCUAUAAAUAUUUGUAAAGGCAAUAUUGGAUCUCUACCUCUAGAUGUAAUGGGUCAAAUCAUGCAGAUAUUGGCUAAAUCUUUGUCAUUAGACCACAGACUGUCAUGCAAUCAACUUUCAAGCUCUGUUCCGUUGCAAAACAGGGCUGGUAAGGUUGAGGCUCCAAAAGGGAAAGAUGCUGUUGAUCUCCAGAAAAGAAUUAAGUCUGUCACACACACACUUGAUGCACAACAAUGUGCUAUAGAAAUUCUGGCUAACAUAUGUUCAUGUGAUGAUGAUGAAGAAUCAGAAGGCGACUUAUCAUCAGAUAGUGAAGAAAAUGGUGAUGAAGAACUUUGCACAAAUGGAGAUUCAGUUCACGCAGAAGACAAAUUACCUCCUGAAGUGCUAGAGGCUAUGAUAUCAUUAGGAGUGUUUGAGAAAGUUUGGUUAAAAACAAGUUUACCUGCGGAAAAUGUUAUGCUAAUUUUGAAGGAAUAUGAAGAGACUUUACUUAUAUUUAAAAAACUUCAUAACCUACAGACAAGAGCAUUGUUAUGCGUGAAUAAUAUGCUUAUGACCCUACCAAUAGAUAAGCUUGGUGGUGUAAAUGGUGUUUAUAAGAUCUGGGUGGAUGCUGGGAAGCUAGUCUUUAAGCAGACUUCAGAUAACCUGAACCUAUUAGAGUCGGCCACUGCUGUGAUGAGAGCAGCCCUAGACAAAAUUAAGUUUAGAGAGAAUGGAAAUACAAGCGAUACGUCACUAUUCAGUGAUCUAGCUUUGUCUGAUAUUGAGAUUAUGUUAAUGGGAAUCAGAGAAUGCCAAGUGCCAGAAAUAAGGUCAAACCUCAUAAGAAUGAUCGGGAUACUAGCACUAUUACUGGUGAACAGCCUAAACGACACCACAACAACUGUGAUAUGUGCUAUUACUGAGUUCAUAUUGGAACAGGCCCACAAGGAGAAUGAGGUGUGGGUUUUAGCGGAAGCCAUAGAUACACUUGUGGACUUGUAUUCGGAAGAUGAAACCGAUGGAAUAGCAGCCAAAGUUAAGCUUGUUGACAAGUUAGCAAUUUUAGCCCCGAUACUAAAAAAUAAAGCAAGACAGCAGAGAAAACUUCCAAAGGAAUACAAAGUUUUGGUCUCAACUGCUUCCUCAAACUUACCCAGGUUCAUAAAAUAUAAGAAAGCAAGAAUAAGUAAUUUAUAG